AAGGGAUCAGGCGGCGAGGCGCGGUCUCGCCACUUCAACGCUUCUAGUACACUCUACCGUGGAGCAUGCAUCAUCGGCGCGGAGACGGCCGUUGUUGGUGUAUCGGGGUGUGUAGGUGGUGUUUGGUAUGUUGUCACCCAACCGUGCUCUCUCCCUCUUAGUUAAAUGCAUCGGAAGGACGGGGCUUGGAGAAGAAUUGUGCAAUCCCUCGGCACUGGUUGGGUCGUAGUGACAGCAGUACAAUGUAGUGCCCUUGCUGGCUGCUACUGUUACUUCCGGCACCUUAGUCAAUCUCAAGAGAGUCGAUACUGGUUGUACCAGUACUUCAAGCCUGGUCUAGAAGUAUUCUACAAGACCUCUGAUGCGGUCGGUAAUAAUGCUAUACGCACGUACGACUACAAGACCUGGGGCGUAGAGGAGUGAGUGGCUGCUGCCAAUCAUGGGGUCCUCUGCCGUAGAAGGGCGACCUCAGCACGAGCAGCACCUGGACCUCUUGGAGAAGUUCAGCCAGAGCAAGCGGCAGCUGGAGCAGCUCUUGGACACCAAUGACUUGGCACAGCUAGAUGGGAAGUUGCAGGAGUUGCAGGCCAUAAUUACGGAAGUGGCAAGUCAUCUGCCUGCGGCCAGUUUGCGCUGGGUUCAGGAGCAGUUUGCAGCACUGAGGUCACGAGUGGACGAGGUGCAGGAGAAGCUCAAACCACGCAAGCGCUUUGCCUUCAAGUCGGCUAGGGGCUCUGUGGCAUCCUCUGGCAGUGAUGCCAAACUGGAGGGAAUUCGUGAGCCUGGGCCAAGCUUUCCUGCUGGUACUGUGAAGAAUGCGUGCACUGUGGGCUUUCAAAGAAAAUCAGGAGAGACGCUGAUGCUGUCGGAGGUCGGCGGCAAGGACACGGAACUCGACUCUCUCGACGACUGCCAAGUGACCAUUCAAGGCUGUCCGGCCACAAUGUUUGCUCGCAGGCUCAGGAACUGCCACAUCCGGUGUGGACCAGUGGCCAGCUCAGUGUUUGUAGAAGAGUGUGAGAGCUGCACAUUUCUUGUUGCCUGUCAUCAGCUACGCAUACACGACAGCCUCAAGUGUGAAUUUCAAGUGCACGUACAGACGCGCUCCAUUAUUGAGGACUCGAAAGAGCUCCUCUUCAGCAAGUAUGACUUUGCCUAUGACGGAGACGAGCAAGAUUGGUGUGCAUCACACCUGGACAGGACAGUCAACAACUGGGACAAGGUCGAUGACUUCAACUGGCUUGUAGCCGAUAAGCCUUCGCCCAACUGGAAGCUGUCAGAGGCAUAAUAGGGGGACAUAUGCUACAAUAAAUGCACACGUUGUUGUAAAUGA